ACUAGUCUAGUUGUUUUAUCCAAAAGACGAGUUCAUAAUGUAAGUGGCGUCAUGGCUUGCGUCAACGGUCAAGUUACUUCAUAAACAAAGAGCACAUGUUUGACUCGGAAAGACCCACCACACUCACGUAAAUUGAUUGUCUCCCAAGUAAUUUAAUUGUCUUAAUGAAAAGUCUUCGCUGUUUCUCUUCUCUAUAAAUAUAUAAAAAAACUAUACUAUAUACACAUUCACACAACUUAAAACCAGUACACAAAAAAAACUUUAGAUCUGAAAAUAUCAGCUAUCAAAUGGAAGAAAUCGGCAUAGUUAUUGUCGGCGGCGGAAUCGCUGGUCUCGCCACUUCCCUUGCUCUUCAUAGGAAAGGGAUAAAGAGUGUGGUGUUGGAGAGAGCAGAGAAAGUGAGAUCGGAAGGAGCUGGAAUCGGAACUCUCACUAAUGGUUGGAGGGCUCUUGAUCAACUUGGCGUCGGUGAUCGUCUUCGUCUCACUUCUCGUCUUAUUCACAAAGCACGGACCAUGUUGAUUGAAAAUGGGAAAAAACAAGAAUUUGUGUCAACCCUCGUAGACGAGGCUCGCUGUAUUAAAAGAAACGAUCUUGUUGAGGCCUUAGCCGAUGCUCUUCCGGAAGGAACCAUCCGGUUCGGUUCUCAAAUUGUUUCUAUUGAGGAAGACAAAAGUACGUCGUUUCCGGUUGUUCACUUAACCAAUGGAAAUACCAUCGAAGCCAAGGUCUUGAUUGGAUGUGAUGGUGCCAAUUCUAUCGUCAGUGAAUAUUUGCAGUUAAACCCGAAAAAGGCGUUUGCUUGUCGGGCGGUGAGAGGGUUUACUAAUUACCCAAAUGGCCAUGGAUUUCCACAAGAGGUUCUAAGGAUAAAGCAAGGAAAUAUCUUGAUCGGAAGGCUUCCUUUGACCGAUAAUCUAGUCUUUUGGUUUCUAGUACAUAUGCAAGACAAUAAUCACAAUGGUAAAGAUCAAGAAUCGAUUGCGAAUCUGUGUCUAAAAUGGGCCGAGGACUUGUCUGAAGACUGGAAAGAAAUGGUUAAAAUAUGCGAUGUGGAGUCAUUAACACUCACCCACUUAAGGUACCGAGCGCCGUCGGAAAUCAUGUUAGGUAAAUUUCGCCGUGGGACCGUCACUGUAGCCGGCGAUGCGAUGCAUGUGAUGGGUCCAUUCUUGGCACAAGGCGGCUCAGCGGCGCUAGAGGAUGCGGUUGUUUUAGCUAGAUGUCUGGCUAGGAAAGUGGGUCCGGACCACGGAGACUUGUUAAAGGAUUGUUCGAUGAAAAACAUUGAAGAAGCUAUUGAUGAGUAUGUUGAGGAACGUAGGAUGAGAUUACUCGGGCUUUCGGUGCAGACUUAUUUGACCGGACGUUCGCUACAAACGUCAUCAAAGGUUCUGAGGCUAAUGUUUAUAGCUUUGUUGUUACUUUUGUUUGGUCGUGAUCAGAUUCGUCAUAGUAGAUACGAUUGUGGCCGUCUCUAGAGAUUUGAUGGACACUUUGUACUUUUUAGUGUGAGGUUGUGUGCUUUAAACCUUUUUUGUGUGUUUCUUUUUCUUAUAACAUCCUUCUUUCUCAAUUUAAGAAGAGUUUAAAUGACCAUACAUUAUAUUGCAAA